AUGAUAAGUAAUUCAUCAAAUGAAGUGAAAACAUCUUCAUCUUCUAAAAGUAUCUUAUCGGCUGCAUAUUCCCGUUUAAUUCGUGCUAUUCGAGAAUUAAAUUUAUUUUCUGAUAAUCCAUUUUGGUCACCAGUAUUAAAUUUUGAUGAACAAGUUCUUAGUACUCGACUUUUUCUUAUACUUAUUUCAAUAUCUCUAUUAGGUGUUAUUGGUUAUGCUAGUUUAACUGUUCGAACACAUGAUGUCACUCUAAAUAAGUUUUCUAUAUCGGAUUUUGAACGACUCGAAGCACGUUAUUCAAGUACAAUUAACGUUCCAUGUACUGAAGUAUCAAUACCUUUUAAUAAAUUUUUGGAUUUAUCUCCUCAAUUUCAUCAAGUAUGUUUAAGUCCAUUUGUUCGAAAAAAAUGGAUUUCAUCUUUAUUUCUUGUCAAUGCAACAUCUCAUAAUAUUUUGGAUUUUCGUACAUUUGCUUUUUCUCAUUAUCGUUCUCUUCGUUUACUUUGUCAUUUAGCACGUCAAGCUGUUAAGGAUACUCAUCGUACAUUUAAUUCUACUCAUUUAGUUAAUCGUAAUACUUUUUCACGAGCUCUAUUUAAUGAAGUAGCUUCUGUUCUUUCUAAUUAUCUUCAACAAAAUGUUUUGACUAAUGAAAAACGAACCGCAAGUGUAUUAUCAAUGAUUAUAGCACAGAAUCGAUUGUUUUCAGCUUUACGUACAAACUAUUAUAUUAAAUCUGUACCUGGUUCAAAAAGAUAUGUAACAUAUCAUGGAGUUUAUUUGGAAGUAAAUGGAACAAAUGAAUCAACUUGUGAUUGUUUAUUAAAAGGAAAUCAAUGUAUAUAUCCAGCUGGUGCUUUUUAUAAUUGGACUUUACCAGAAUUGGGAGAAGCAGCUAAAAAUGAUCCACCACCUCUAUUUCAAGUAAGCAAUUAA